AUGGCUCCAAGACCAGAUCCAAACGAAAUAAAAUAUGUUUAUAUUAGACAAGUAGGAGGUGAAGUAGGAGCUUCAUCAGUUUUAUCUCCUAAAUUAGGUCCCUUAGGUUUAUCCCCCAAAAAAAUUGGUGAUGAUAUAGCUAAAGAAACUCAAUCAUGGAAGGGACUAAAAAUUUGUGUAAAAUUGACAAUUCAAAAUAGACAAGCAAAAAUAGAAGUAGUACCCACAUCUACAGCUUUGAUUUUAAAAGAAUUAAAUGAAGCACCAAGAGACAGAAAAAAAGUAAAAAACAUAAAACAUAAUGGAAAUUUAAAAUUAGAACAAAUUUUUUCCAUUGCUAGAUUAAUGAGAGAAAAAUCAAGAGCUAAAGAGUUUAAAGGAACUGUUAAAGAAGUUUUAGGAACAUGUAAUUCCGUUGGUUGUACUGUUGAUGGAAAGAAACCAACUACUAUUCAAGAAAUGAUAGAUUCUGGUGAAAUUGAAGUACCACUUGAUUAA